AUGCUUGGUGGGAAGGUGUCCAAGUGCUCCGAAGAGAUCAAGAACUACAUCGAGGAGCGGUCGGGAGAGGACCCGCUGGUGAAGGGGGUUCCCGAGGACAAGAACCCCUUCAAGGAGAAGGGAGGCUGUGUCAUCGCUUAGGAGAAGGGACCCCGCGCCUGCCCCGGAGCAGACAUUCCUCCCGUACCCCUAGGGAGUCACUAGCGUGUCCCCACCGCCGCCGGUCCGUGUCGAACAAGCACAGGAGCGGAUUCCUUUUGAUGUUCUAUUUCUCCUUCCAAAAACACACAAACCCGCGCGGAAGCCGCCGGGCAGGGCCGGCUGUGCCCUUGGCGCUGCGCGGGGCCCGCUCGCCACCCGCUUGUCGGUCGCUUCCUGGCUGUUCGCUGGCAUUAAAGAGAACCUGCCCGUAA